AUGACGUCUUGUCAGCCACCUGCCAAAACCAUGCGAAAAAAUUUAUGUAAUUUGAAUUGAAUUUCUUUAUUAUGUCUCAGUUUUAAGAAAUCAAACACAAUGCCUGUUAUUACGAAGGUUACAAAAACAAUACAAACUAUCCGCAACAAUUGGAAGAAAUCUGUCUUCUUUACAGUCUUAGGAGGGUAUGGCGUUAUUUACGUUAAAAAUUAUUUUGAAACGCAAGAGCUGAUGAGACAGUACUGCCAAAAAGCAGCGUCAUAUGGCAAGGAAUCGCUUCCCAAUAACUUGAGUCCGAGGCAUGUUACGGUCAUAUUAAACCCAAGUGCAAACAAGAGAAAAGCAGCUACUGAAUUUGAGAAGUACUGUGCUCCAUUGCUUCAUCUCGCAGGCAUAUCUGUGGAUGUUAAGAAGACUGAAUCUGAAGGACAUGCCAAGAGUCUCAUUGAUUCCAUAAGCGGGACAGAUGCCAUAGUAGUAGCUGGAGGUGAUGGCACUUUGUUGGAAGUGGUAACUGGACUCUUUAGAAAAACUAAUGAGAAUUCUGGUAUGUCUCUAUUAUUAUUAAGAUGGUGUAUGUUCAAAAUUGGAAAUCACAUAUUUUAUAGUCUUGCAUAAAUUGUAGUGAACAGCUAUCAAUAGGGUCAGAGCUAUGUUGAAGGGGCCUUGAAAGGCUCUUCUUGUGCAAAAUACUUACAUGCUUAGGAAUGUGGGCAAGCCAAACAUUCGAUAUUCCUUGAGCAUGAAUUCAUAGAUUGUGAACCUACUACUAGUUCUGAAUAUCAUCACUUGAUAAUAUUACUGCAGCUGUUCUGUUAAUCAUCCUUAGAAAAUCUGGUACCUCUCGGUGUUCUGCCUCUUGGGAAAAACAACUCUGUGGCCAAAGUAUACUUUCCCUGGCACAACAAAGUAGAAAAGGUAAAAGCGUUAGCCGAAGCUACGAUGGCUGUGAUAGAAGAAUCAGUCAAACCGAUGGAUAUUAUGAAAAUUGAAAUUCUUGAUGAGGACACUACCAAACCAGUUUACGCAGUUGGUCAGCUGAAAUGGGGCGCAUAUAGGGAUGCAGAAGUUAAAAAGGAUAGUUAUUGGUACUUUGGACCCAUGAAGAAUUAUGUAACAUAUGUUUUUAAUGGACUGAGAAGCAGCAUUUCAUGGGAUUGUAAAGCUACAAUCGACUACAGUAUACCAUGUGAGGGAUGUUCACAUUGUUAUAAGAAAAAACCUAAACAAUCUAGCGGAUGGUUUAGUAGAUUUAUGAAAGACAACGACACGGAUAAAAGGAAGUACUCGGGAAUUUAUAAUCCAGAAUGUGAUAUAAUACAUGAAAAAAAGAUUACCACAUCUGACUUGACACUACUGACGACAAAUGUUUCACGCAAUGCCAAUGAAGCACAGGAUAUUUCAAAACUCAUUGUAGAAAUUGGUCCGGACCGUGUUGAUUAUUUCGACUUCAUCAGAAAUGGAUUCAGAAGGGAGAAAGGCGAGAAAAGUGACUUGACGGAGAUUAUCGAAGCAAAAAUGUUGGAGAUUAACCCGGAAUCAAAUAAAAAUGCCAUGUUUUCCAUCGAUAACGAAUCAUAUGAAGUUAAACCUAUAAAAGUUACAUUGUUACCAAAGACUUUGAAAAUGUUUUGUAGUAGAAACGCAAUAAAUGCUUAGGUUUUGUUGAAA